GUUGUUGGUCCCUGUGCUUUGGCAAGAAAAUGAGACCCGAGCCUUUCGGAAGUGCCCGAUUCCAAGUUUGAAACAUUUCCAAACCACGAUCGUUUUGGAACAUCAAAAAUUGUCAUCUUCUCUAGAGAAGUGAAACUGAUUGAUAUGGUUUUGAAAUGAAGUGAUGGUGAUGUUGAUAUAGUUUGAUAUAGUUUGGUUUGGUUCUGUUUGACUCCUUCGGCAUUGUGCUGUAUGUUGUCCUGUUGUGCUGUUGGUUGUCGGCGAGGGAGGGUCCUCGAAAGUUUGAGUUUUGAUGCAAAAAGUGGAGGUGGUAACGUCGGUCAUUCAGCGUUACAAAUGACGGUUAAUGACUACAAACUAUAAGUCUCUGUGACUACUCCUGACCCUAACAACGGGGCAGUAUCAAGAAGAGUGUCAAGUCAGCGUUCGUUUUGUAGUGAACCCUACCGUAACCCCAGUUACAGAAUUCGGGGUCGUGCCUGGUAAGCUUGCAGGAAGUGGUGUCAACACCGUCAUCAUUCCGGUUCUCAAACUCGACGAACAACCAAGCCGAAUUUCUUCACAAAAUUCUUGUUGAAGCGGACCAAACUCUCAUCGCUCUUUCUCAUUCUCAUUUCUUUCAUAAUCUUGCUUUCUUGCUACUGCAUCUAUCUAUUUCUAUCUAUUCUGUCUGAAUCCAUUCCAUUCUAUUCUACCAUGUCUUCUUCUGCUGCUACUAGUACGCCAAAACCCAUUGCCACCUCCAGUGCUGCUACGACCAUGUUACCGUUUGCAGCACCACAGCCACGACGCUCCACUCGUGUGUUUUACUCUCCCGUGAUUUCCGCCAUGGUGCACGACCAUACCAUGAGGAACUGCGACGAUAUCAAGUCGAUGAAUACCGAAUGUCUUGCGGCGGGAUCGGAUGCCAGUAUAUGUAAAACGGCUGCCAUGUACAUGAGCAUGUGUGUCAAUGGAUCGCAGCAUUCGUGAAAAAGAAACAACCAACUCUUGAUUCUUACUUGGAGCCGACGUGAGAAUCUCUCGUCUUUCUGAGAAAGACAACGAGACAAGCUACCUCGAUUCUGUUUGUACUACUUGUCGGUUUGUUGGACAAGGAAUGGUGAUGAGAAGACGAAGAAGUGCUGGGGCCCUUUUUUAUUCUUCAUGUUGCUGUUUCGCUUUUUAGACUGCAUGUGUCGCAUUUGCAUACUUUUACUAUCUACUACUGAAAACAAUAAUCAUCAUAAAACACAAAAAUAGAACUGCGUAAACAUCAC